GGGGAUUUGCAGGAAACUCAUCGAAGCUAUUGAUAGGAACUAUUGUUUUGGUGCCAGGGUUUUCAAUUGGGAGUUAGAUUUAAAAGGACCAAAGAUGACAUCUGAUAUUUCAAACUGAAACCGACGUUUCUCAGUGGAAAACUUUCCGGGCCAGUGCAUUUUGGGAGAGAGAGCCGAUGAUCCAAUGCAAGAAACUGAGUUUAAGAAGAAACUGUUUGCCGGGCACGGUGGCUCACGCCUGCAAUCCCAGCACUUUGGGAGGCUGAGGCAGGCGGAUGGCCUGAGGUUGGGAGUUUGAGGCCAGCCUGGCCAACAUGGUGACACGUCGUCUCUACUAAAAAUACAAAAUUAGUCCAGCGCAGUGGUGUGCGCCUGUAAUCCCAGCUACUCAGGAGGCUGAGGCAGGAGAAUUGCUUGAACCCUGGAGAUGGAGGUUGCAGUGAGCUGAGAUCGCGCCACUGCUCUCCAGCCUGGGUGACAGAGUGAGACUCCAUCUCAAAAAAAAAAAAAAAAAAAGAAAAAAAGAAGAAGAAGAAGAAGAAGAAACUGUUCAUCUGAAAUCCGACAACUCAUUCUUGAAGGUUAGAGCUCAGCUUUGAAGUUUCACUUCACGAGCUUGGCUCAGUGAGGAAAUUGUGACGUGUGUUCUGGGCAGGGUUUGAGGUUUUGGAACAUUUUCUAAAAGGGACAGAGAGCACCCUGCUACAUUUCCUAAUCAAGAAGUUGGCGUGCAGCCGGGAGAGCUGGACUAAGUUGGUCAUGAUGCAGAAGCUACUCAAAUGCAGUCGGCUUGUCCUGGCUCUUGCCCUCAUCCUGGUUCUGGAAUCCUCAGUUCAAGGUUAUCCUACGCAGAGAGCCAGGUACCAAUGGGUGCGCUGCAAUCCAGACAGUAAUUCUGCAAACUGCCUUGAAGAAAAAGGACCAAUGUUCGAACUACUUCCAGGUGAAUCCAACAAGAUCCCCCGUCUGAGGACUGACCUUUUUCCAAAGACGAGAAUCCAGGACUUGAAUCAUAUCUUCCCACUUUCUGAGGACUAUUCUGGAUCAGGCUCCGGCUCCGGCUCCGGCUCCGGCUCCGGCUCUGGAUCAGGAUCUGGGAGUGGCUUCCUAACGGAAAUGGAACAGGAUUACCAACUAGUAGAUGAAAGUGAUGCUUUCCAUGUCAACCUUAGGUCUCUUGACAGGAAUCUGCCCUCAGACAGCCAGGACUUGGGUCAACAUGGAUUAGAAGAGGAUUUUAUGUUAUAAAAGAGGAUUUUCCCACCUUGACACCAGGCAAUGUAGUUAGCAUAUUUUGUGUACCAUGGUUAAAUGAUUAAUCUUGGGACAAAGAAUUUUAUAGAAAUUUUUAAACAUCUGAAAAAGAAGCUUAAGUUUUAUCAUCCUUUUUUUCUCAUGAAUUCUUAAAGGAUUAUGCUUUAAUGCUGUUAUCUAUCUUAUUGUUCUUGAAAAUACCUGCAUUUUUUGGUAUCAUGUUCAACCAACAUCAUUAUGAAAUUAAUUAGAUUCCCAUGGCCAUAAAAUGGCUUUAAAGAAUAUAUAUAUAUUUUUAAAGUAGCUUGAGAAGCAAAUUGGCAGGUAAUAUUUCAUACCUAAAUUAAGACUCUGACUUGGAUUGUGAAUUAUAAUGAUAUGCCCCUUUUCUUAUAAAAACAAAACAAAAAAAUAAUGAAACACAGUGAAUUUGUAGAGUGGGGGUAUUUGACAUAUUUUACAGGGUGGAGUGUACUAUAUACUAUUACCUUUGAAUGUGUUUGCAGAGCUAGUGGAUGUGUUUAUCUACAAGUAUGAUUGCUGUUACAUAACACCCCAAAUUAACUCCCAAAUUAAAGCACAGUUGUGCUGUCAAUACCUCAUACUGCUUUACCUUUUUUUCCUGGAUAUCUGUGUAUUUUCAAAUGUUACUAUAUAUUAAAGCAGAAAUAUAAUGAAAGGUUAA